AGUGUUGAAUCGUCGAGCGGAAUGGGAACCGACGACACGAAACGGCGAAGGAGCUAUGCUGCGCCUCCUGCCGCUGUCCUCUGUGGAAUAUUCGUGCUCGGCAUAGGGUCGGGAGUCAUCCUGACCUUCAUCGCAGCACAAGUUGUUUCUCGUCGAUCAGAAAUCCUGGAAGUCAAGCCACAGAAGCUUCGAUCCGGCAUGCUGAACGCUCCCGGGACCUCACUGAGCCCUGCAGACAAGAAGAACGAGUUCUGGAUCGAGACGAUCUCUGAUCUUCCCGGUCCUCGCAUAUACGUUCUUCACAACAUUCUCACCAAGGAGGAAUGUGAGUCGCUCAAGUCGCUGGGGGUGAUGGCUGGCAUGGAGAAGGCGCUUAUCAUCCCGUAUGGCGGGAAGGAGCUCGUCGAAUCAUCCACUCGGACCAAUACAGCAGCCUGGCUGGAGUAUCAUCAAGGCCCGGUCGUUACCAAACUAGAAAAUUUGUUGGCCAAAGUCACCAACACUGAGCCUGAGAACGGAGAAAACCUGCAGAUUCUUCACUAUCAAACAUCCCAGCAGUUCAAAGAACAUCAUGACUAUUUCGAUCCAGCGACUGAUCCUCCUGAGAACUUCGAGCCUGGCGGGAACCGGCUUGCAACAGCGAUCAUCUACCUGCAGAAUGCUGAAGAGGGAGGAGAGACUGACUUCAUGAAAAUCGACACGAAGGUGAAGCCAGAGGCUGGGAGUGCGGUUCUCUUCUACGACCUGAAGCCUGACGGCUCCGUGGACAAGCUCACGAUCCACUCCGGCAAUCCGCCGAAAGGGGGAGAGAAGUGGGUGGCUACCAAGUGGAUUCAUGAGAGGAGGUACCAAGGGCUUCCCAGGCAUGUAAAGAAGGCGGAGCCGGCGAAGAAGGAGGAGGAAGUGGUGGACAAUGGCAAGUCAAGUGCUCCUGUGGAUGCGGACACGGCGCAGGGAGCCAAACAGUGAGAGCGAUUGGAGGAUCUUGUUUCUAAGGGAGGAAGCUCUCUAACAGCUGUAGUUUUGUUUUCUUCUUGCUCCUUCUCUCGUCUACCCUCCCUUCCUCUCUCUGUCCUGUUCCAGCACGAAGAACGGGAAUUUCAUUGUAUUUUUGACGUCACAGGCUCGAAGCUGUGAUUUUUCUAUUCUUUAUUAAACAAGCUGAGGUUGU